AUGUCAGAUAUGUGGGCACAUGUUGGCUGCGCAGCGGCUGCAGCGUUGGAAGAGCGUGGCACGUGGAUGCGUGAUGACGCGGUGGCGGCAGAGACUGCAGCGGACGUGCGCCGAGAGAUCUUGGACUGCUUCGAGCAAGGCUUGCUAACACAAAGCGGAAACAAGCUGGCCGUCAGAACUUCUGAUGGCCACCGCGGGGGCAUAGUGCAGAAGAAGCCCCAUGUCUACGAGGCUGACGUGAUCGUCGAUGGCCUUGUGCAGUGCCCCGAGGUGCUGGAGAAAUGCCCGGUGCUGUCGGCGCUGCUGGCCCAGGAGAUGCAGCUGCGCAAGAUGUUCAACCUUGCGACCAGCUCCUGGUUGCAGCUUGAUCGGCUCGAGCAGGCCAAGGUGCAGGUCAACUCUGGCUCUGGUGGGGCGUUUCCCUGCCACUUCGACCUGCCUGCAAGCUCUGAUGCGCGGCGGGUUUUGACCGUUUUGUUAUACCUCAACCCGGACUGGACGGAGGGUGAUGGAGGGGAAGUGGAAAUAUUCCCAUUCCCUUUUGCGGACUCGUGCGUGCCGCCGCUGGAUAGACGCCUUGUUGCUUUUUCGUCAUGCACGACACUGCAUCGUGUGCGGCCCUUCCAUGGAGCUGCUGGCCGUGUUUGCAUCAAUCUGUGGUUCGAGGGUGAGGCGCAGAUCCCUUUUCCUGCCCCGCUGCGGGCCUCUGCGUCCUACGACGAGCAAGUUGUCAAGGUGGUUCGCAUACUCCGACAGCAGCCCCCUGAGCUUAGAGCCUUUUGCAAGGUUUGGUACAGCGACCUCCUGGCGCAGUCCUUGCGGGAUGCCUUCGAGGCCUCCGAGGCGCUCGAGGCGGCCCUGGACCUGCACAGCGCAGAGAGGCAGGCGGUCGAGUCCCGAAUCGCCCCCGCCACGCUGCGGCUUCUGCGGGAGUUCUUGCCCCUGGAAGAUGUAGCCAUCGAGGUGGAGGACUGUGCAGGGUACUGCCACACGGGCCUUGAAAUUGUGAACGAAGACUUGAACGAGGAAGCUGCUGAAAUGGCGGAUCUCUUCGAUGGGUCUGUCUUGCAGAAGUGUGUCAAGGACAAUUCGCAGGUGCUCAUCAACUGCCGCAACAAUCGGAAGAUUUUGGCCCGAGUGAAGGCGUUCGACCGGCACUCAAACAUGGUCCUGGAGAAUGUGAGGCAGGGGGAAGGGGAUCUUGUGAUUUCUGUCCUCGGGACUCGGGACGGUGAUGCAACAAAGCAGAUGAAGAAUGGGCGGCUGCCUUUUUGCGCCAGGGAGAUGUGGACUGAGACGCCGUCGCUCAGCUGCAGAUGA